UAAAAACUUCACAUACCGUAUGAGUUUGAUCAGUCAGUGAGGGACAGAUUGCCUUUACUAGCUAGCUAUGUAGUUAGGUCGUUUACAGCUAAUUAUACCGAGUAAUUCAUGCAGUCAGGGGGCAGUCAUUUUUAUAAUUUAACACAUAGCUACGCUACUACAAAUUACCCGUAUUAUCAGCAUUUUAACACAAUCUGCACGCUUCGCUGAAAUGCUUCUCCUGGUCGGCGUAAGGGAUGGAAGGGCUAACAGAAGUGUGAUAUGCGUCCUGCUGCCCAUGGCUGUCGCGGUGUUGCUGUCGGUCGGAGUUGCUGGGAUCCAGGAGGAAAACAAACAUGUCCAAGAACAAACGCCACAAGAGAAAGCACCUACUGCUCAUGCCAUUGGCCCCGAGGUCAGUGGAAGUGACUCCAGCAAAUCCGAGAACCUGGGCUUCAUCCAUGCCUUUGUAGCUGCCAUCUCUGUCAUCAUUGUCUCUGAGUUGGGAGACAAGACGUUCUUCAUCGCUGCCAUCAUGGCAAUGCGCUACAACCGCCUCACCGUGCUUUUGGGGGCAAUGCUAGCCCUUGGCUUUAUGACCUGCAUCUCCGUGAUGUUUGGUUAUGCCACCACCAUCAUCCCCAGGAUCUACACAUAUUACGUGUCUACGGCUCUGUUCGCCAUCUUUGGUGUGCGCAUGCUGAGAGAGGGGCUGAAGAUGAGUCCAGACGAGGGUCAGGAGGAGCUGGAGGAGGUGCAGGCUGAUAUUAAAAAGAAGGAUGAGGAGCUGCAGAUGUCUAAGCUGCUAAAUGGGGCUGCAGAUGUGGAGUCGGGCUCAGGAUCAAGCCAUCCUCAGAGGAAGUGGCACAGCUUCAUCUCGCCUGUGUUCAUCCAGGCCUUUACCCUCACCUUCCUGGCAGAGUGGGGAGACCGCUCUCAGCUCACCACCAUCAUCCUGGGUGCCCAGGAGGAUCCUUUUGGGGUGGCGGUGGGUGGUACUCUGGGGCACUGUCUGUGCACAGGACUGGCUGUGGUUGGAGGAAGGAUGAUUGCACAGAAGAUUUCUGUCAGAACUGUUACAAUCAUUGGUGGGAUCAUGUUCCUGGCCUUUGCCUUUUCUGCCCUCUUCAUCAAACCGGAUGCUGGAUUCUAAUUGGAGGGAAGACUUUCAGGCAAAUUUUGUACAUAUCUGUAAAGCUCAACUAUGUUUAUUUAGUGUGUGUGUGGUUGAGAGGGAGAAAUAUGGAGAAUAUUCUCUAAUGGGACUGAGCGAGUGUGUGAUUUCUGUUCUCUUGUCUUACUAAGUCUGUGAUCCCUCACCGGUCUGAGUCCUGUGGCCUACACUAAGGACAAGACUUACCUCUCCCUCACACUCAGGCCCGUCAGUACUGAGCUUGGGUCUGUUUAUUCAUUAAUUCCCCAUCCUUAUUAUUAUAUUAUGCUUUAAAGUCCUACUCCAAUCUAAUUUUCACCUCAUUUAACACCUGAUUUACGUAACGGGGGGCGCUUUCCUCUUUUGUUCUCUAUUGCACCAGUAUUGUUCCUCAAGCAAGCCGGGAGGUCAAUGACAUCAUAGGGCACCAUCAGACCAACUCAUCAAAAGCCCUACUCCUUGAAGGUUGCAGUUGCACCCCCCCAAAAGACACCUGUGCAAAUUAUUUUAUUUUUUACCCUUGUGUGUACUUUAAUGUAUUUAUACUUGGGAUAUUGCUUUUCAAUAGGAACAGUACGACAACAGAAAAUAUGUCGGCUGAACACUGACUCCAGGUCUGUCCCAUGGAGUCCAGUGUUAUGGCCACUGUGAAGCGAUUCAGUCCCUUUGAUCUAUGGCCAGGCCUCAGGCCAAUUCCCAUAUGUUUUGUUCCCCUCAGAAUAUCAUCUGAGAACAGUAACAUUGGGCUGCCUUUGCUUCAUAAACCCCAUAAUCAGUUGAUCUACCAUUUCUCCAGCUGUAUCAGGGAUGUGAAUCUUUUCACGGUUGUGAGUAUUACUGUUCAGCGAUUUCCAUCUGCUAGACAGGACAUGCCAGUUCUAAGCAUCAUGGGGAUCUUGACGCAGCAGUAACCCAUUCAGUGUCAGUAUUCUACAUUCCAGCUUCAAGGCAGCAAAGGGGGGAGGCACACCCCACGGCCAGUGUGUCCCAAUGGGGGCUGUGGGGGGAGCUAUAGGAGGACGGGCUCAAUGUCUGGAAUAGAACUGUAUCAAACCCCAUUUGACUCCGUUCCAGUAAUUCCAUUCCAGCCAUUACAAUGAAAGCUUCCUCCUAUAGCUCCCCCAUCAGCCUCCUCUGGUCUGUCUCCCACUCAUUGCUACUAGGGUUUAUUAAGAGGUUAUGUCUGAUGCCUACUGGCGACGAAAUCAUGGAACAAAAUAUUUCUUUGCUUCCUCCUAAAUUUCACUGCCGAUUUUUAAAAAGGACCUAAGCCACUAAGUCUACUGCACCUGUCCUGAGUGGUUGGUUAUGGUAGGUAUUUACAACUUUGAGGCACAGAUGAUGAUAUUUUUUGUGCACAGGGUAAUGUGACUCCAUUGUCAAUAUUUGACCAGUUGAACCCUGUGACGACCAAACAGGCGUGUACAUGUAUGUGGAUUGAGACAGAUGAACUUUUGAUUGUUGUAAAUCCUGAUCAAUGCUUAAAUGCUCAAUAAAACCUGUCUUGCCUAGA